CAACCAAACCAGCAAACGAAGGGUGCGGAGGACGUAACCGAAAGCAGGGGGCUGGCUUCCCCCAAGGAAAAGUUGGGUGUGGGUGGGGAGGCGAAGCGGAGCAGCCCAGCACCAGCGUUCAGGACCCCCCGGCAGCGAUGGCAGCGGAGGGCCAGGCGAUCAGAGUUUCCAGCCAGAGUUAUGGAGCUGUUGAUCAGAUGUCUCAUGCCUCUGCUGAAGGAUAUUUUGGUGCCAUCGUUCCUGAUGACAUUACUAGUGGAAAAGAACCGUCUGCUCCCCCUGCUUAUCCCAUGGACGAUGUCUCUGGCUAUGAAGGCACAGCUCUGGGUGAUGGUGGAGGAAAAGGUUUACCGCCUCCAUCAGAUCUGGUGACUGAUCGCGGAGGUGGGCCCCCUCCAGCCCAAACAGACUGGAACAUUCCUGCUGUUUCAGAAGAUGCAGCCAAAGAAGCUCUUAUACAGUACGCAGCCAGUAAGUGCUGCUACAGCUCAGCCCCUGCCAAGGAAAUGGUGUUUCGGACUCUGCAGCCAUUCAACACCUACAGAUAUCGGCUAGAGACCUUCACUGAAUCCAGAUCAUCUGAGUGGAAGACAACACCUUACAAGGGUGAAUUUGUUGACUCUUUUUUGCUUGGGCCAGCUCCUUUGCCAUGGACUAUACAAGUGGAAGUUCCUACCAUGUUCACAGACAACAUAACCAGAGUCAAAGUGCCUCACACGUCUUCAUUAAAGGGCUGCCAUAAUUGUCGAUGUUCAGGUACAAUUCCCUGCACAAAGUGUCAUGGAAGAAGAAAGGUACAGUGCUGGAUUUGUCAUGGCUCUGGGAAACAACUGAGUAAGGACAGGUGCACACACUGCGGAGGUUCUGGACGGAGCAGAUGCAACAGUUGUUCUGGUUCAGGCCACAAAACCUGCAUAACGUGUGCAGGAAAAGGACAGUUGCUGUACUACAUUGAGCUUCAAGUCAAAUGGAAGAACAACAUUUUUGAAUACGUGGCGGACCAAAGAUCUGGGUUUCCUGCUGAUCUCUUCAAGGAGGUCACUGGGCAGAAGAUGUUUGUUGAUGAACAGUCCAUGGUUUACCCUGUUGUGAAUUUUCCUGAUCCUUCCAUAAGUCAGGCUUCCCAAAAUGCUCUUGUGCAACAUCACACUCAGUUUGCAUCCACAUCUCGUGUACUGAGACAGAGGCAAACUAUUGAGCUGAUUCCUCUUACUAAAGUGGAAUACGAAUGGCAAGGGAAACGGUAUUCCUAUUAUGUGUAUGGAGAUGAAAAUAGGGUGUAUGCAGAGAACUACCCCAAAAAGUGCUGCUGCUCCAUUAUGUGACUGACUGAUCUCUUCUCAGAAUGCCAAGGCCAAUGGCUGUUGUCCAGAAACAUACAAAGAAAGGAUUAAUCUAGUACUAUUUUUGUUUUGUUUUGGUCAAUAGAAGUUCAUUGAUUUGCACGGAUGGGGCAGGCUGCAGCAGGAUGAAAUCAGGGGAGCAAAAGGUUUGUCAAGUUGAUUAUUCAGUUCCAGGACUGGAUCCUGUAUGUAUGUCACAGUUUCUGUGGGCGACUGGGGGUUUGCUGUGGCUCUCCCUGUCCCACCCUUGCCACUGGUAGAAUGCAAACUCAAUUUUGGAUUACAAUCCCAUUUAGUUUCUACACUACGUGUGGGCCUGGCCUAAUCUACUUUUACUCAGAGUUCACUGGGUCUCCUGGUGUUAAUAAGGUCUAAAUUUUUAUGAGUAAGGAAAUACAAGGAAAACAGGUCCUAGAUCUUUGUCUUCCAUUAUCAGUAAUAGUAAAAAUGAUGUGACCCAACAGUCUGCUCUGUGUUACAUUAGGGAAACCCACUGACUUCAGUGAAGUUGGACCAGUGUAAAUCAAACCAAAUUUUGGACUGAAGGUACUAACAUUGGUGUGGAUCAAGCAGUGGUGGUUAGUACGUGGCUGCACUCCAGUAAUGCUGACUGCACAGUUCCCUUUGUUGUUUGUGGAUUCUUUUAUUCUUGCCACAACUGAGAGUUCAGUGAUAAUAUGGUACCAGGCACAAGUUGAAAAGGUUUUGCUGUGAACCUUCAGAGUUUGCGACUAGCUCAGCAAACAGCAUGUGGAUGGUAGUGACGCAUCUGACAUUUUUAGAAUGUCUGUCUCCACUGCAGUGCUUGGCUUGCUGGUUCAGCCAUCAAUAAUCUUGUCUGUGGGAAACACAGAGGCAGCAUUUUAACUCUUCUAAUAGAAUCUCCAAAUGAAGCUAAACAGAGAAGGAAAUAGGACAAAUUGUGGAUUUUUUUUUAAAUUAAGCAUAUAGGGCCUGACCAAAAGCCUUUUGAAGUCAAUGUGAAUCUUUCCAUGACUUCAGUGGAUCAGGUCUCUAAUGCAUAUUGUUAAUCAUCCACUAUCAAAUUCUAAUCUUUCUUGCUGCUGAGUUUUCAGCAUGUUUGGAUUGUACCUCAUUUGCCAUGUGACUGUGAUACAUGCACACACAUCUAUAGUUUCUCUUUCUGUACAAAUGUCAUAGUAAUAAAAGAUGACUAGGUAGUAUUCCUGUUAAGAAUAAAUUUAUCUGGGCAGUUGUGCCAACAACACUAUAGUACUAAUGCCCAAGUGAUUACUUGCACGUGCUUGUCAAAUCCAGUUUUUGUAGGUGGGAUAUAACCAGGGUGGACUGCAUUGUUCUUUUAAAUAGUCAAGUGGGAUUUAGUGGUUGUGAUAAGAGCUCCAGAGAAGCUAUUUGUUCACAUAUCCAGUAUAAGCAAUGGGAGCUUAAACGUCCUCCUGUUCUGCUAACACAUUGUCAGUGUGCCCUAACCUUGACCUGGAGGGAUCAACUCUGGGGCUAAGAUGGUAGCCCAGCUGCCAUACUACUCAGUCUUUGUCCUCUGCCAAGAUUAUCAAUAGUUCUAAUUGGUGUCAGUUUAUUGUUAUUACUAUUAGUUGUGUUGCACGGGAGCCCCACUCAUGGACCAGGACCCCACUGUGCUAGCACUGUAUGAACCCAGAACAAAAAGUGAGCCCCUGCCCCAAAGAACUUACAAUCUAAAUAAGAGUUUACAAUCCAGUUUUGCUGGUGUUGUCCACUAGGAAAAGGACUGAAAUCACUAACCAAUUUUGCAUAGGACAGGGAAAGGCCAUCAGCUUUGAUGACUUGGAAGUGACCUAGACGAACCAGUGCUAAUGACUGCAUGGGUAAAAUUUUCAAAAGCACCUAUGUCUCAUUAAACAUGGACUCCUAAGUCACUUAGGUGCUUUUGAAAAUGUUACCCUAUGUUUAAUAUUUACUUGGGUAACAGUGUAUCUUACCUAAUAUUUUCUGAGCGAAAACUACUUUCAGACCAAUUUAUUGCUGCUAAUGACUUCUGCAAUGAGAACCCAAAGUAUUAGUCACCAUAAACAGAAUAAUUGAACCCCUGAUACCAGCAGUCAGGAUCGGGUUAUUUUUGAUGCCACUGCAAGAAUCAUAUUACUUAGUAUGUUUGUAACACUUCACCAAUUAUAAACAGUCAGCUUUAAAUUCAGGGAUGUUUAGAAAGCAUCUCUUUUCUGAUAGUGAAUGUAAGUUCGGAUGGGCAAUGGAUCAGAAUUUAACAGACUCUGGUACCCUUUGCUUAUACAUCUAAGGUAAAAGAGGGCUUGUUCUGUUGUAGAAUUGAUACAAGUGUCUGGGGUGCAGGGGCGGCUCUACGAAUUCUGCCGCCCCAAGCAGGGCGGCGCGCUGCACCACUCGCGCUGCCGGACGCCGGUCCCGCGCCUCCGCGGGACCUCCCGCAGACGUGCCGC